UUUCCAUGUAUAGAACAUAGAGCAAUAUAAACAAGUCACUGUCUGUAUGAAAUUUGAGUUUGUACUGACUUUACUAGGGCUUAUGAUAUAGUCUGUUGUGAAACUAGGCAAAUAUCUAGAUAAGUUGAUGUACCUCCUGGAAGACCUCUGCGUACCCCCAGAGGUAUGUGUACCCCUAUUUGAGAACCACUGCCCUGUAGCGUGGGGGAUAUUUGCAGCUGGGGGUUGGGCCCCUGGCAACAAGGUAGGUUUUAUUUUUAUUCGAUUCUCUUUUCACACCUGUCUUGCUAAGGUUGGACUGGACAGUCUAAGGGCCACAUCCUGCUCUGGGUGUGAAUCUCAGGAAUGCUGCAUGGGCAGCUGCAACACAGGAAAUCUGCAAGCUGUGAGAGUGUUUGUAGUCAUUGGUAAAUAUAUAUAUAAAAAUCUCCCCCCUCCCUCAUUCUUCCAGGGGGGGCUGCAAGAGCAUCUGUGCUGUGCGAGAAACGAGCAAAGAGAAGCCAAAGAUGACAAGGAGAGGCGAAGAGCAGAAUGGCUGGUGGGUGGUCAGAGUCAUUCUCCCCACCCUGGCACCGAGGUUUGCCUGGGAUCAGAGUGCCUGGAGUGAUGUGGCAACCACAAGGACCCUCCUGCCAGCCUCAGCCAGGAAACCAUCCCCAUUGGAAUCCAGGGAGGAGGGUGGGGUCAAGCACGUGGAGGGUACCAUGAUGCUCUUGGGGAACAUUUGCCAGUGUAUGGGCCUUGUCUGUGAACUGGGCCAGAGAGACCCUGCCCAGAGCCUGCUCAGAAAUUAUAGUGGCUGGGAUUUCUCUGGAGUGCCUAGGGAAGAUGGGGAGAGAGGAGAGAAAAUGUGGGCUGACUGGAUGGAGAUUUUUGGCUUAGUGCAAGUUGUUGAGGUUUUUGUGCUGUUGCCAUUUGUACUUGCCCUGGGCCUUCCAUCCUUCCUGUUCUAAGUGAACUUCCCAUCAUGCACCACUAGGGACCCUGGGUUCUAGCCAAUAUCUCCCCAUCUGCUGGGAGGCAAAUGUAGGAUAUUCCCCUGGUUACCUUGCCACCCUCUCCCUGUAACUGCAGAAACAGACAGAAGCCAAGAGGCAGAAAAUCAUCCCGGAGUGGAAGAAGCUAUGUGGGUUUCUGCAGGAGCAGCUUCCUGCUGUCCUAGCUGGAAGAGCUAGACAGAGCAAUUGUUAAAAGAGAGGAUGAGAGGAUCUCUGAACUGUCCCUGGAGAUUUCCUUGCUCAGUGAAAUGGGAGGAGAGAAUGGAAAGGAGCCAUUGAGCCAAUCCGUGCAGGUGAGACUGUGCCAUUGUAAUGAUAAUACACAGCAUUUCUUUUCUGAAACUUUUUAUUAAGGCAAAGAUGGAAUAAAAUGUUAACUUCCUAAAUCAUACAUGACUUAUUCAUGAUCAUGUUAAUAUUCAAAGAACCUGGCUAAAGAUUCUGACUUGUCGACUCCUCUGAGUACGCUACAAAGGAUGACCUCAUUUCUAAACACCUGUCCUCUUUUUGGCACUUCUCUUGUGUACGUACUUGGUGUGAAAGCUGUUCCAUUACAAGAAGAGUCCAUGUUUUACAAUACCACAAUUCCAUAGGACUAGAAGUCACAUUUUUCCAGUAAUAAGCAACACAGAGCCUUGCUGUUAACCAUAAAAAAAAAGAAAUUAAUUUGUCAUUCUUUUUAAAAUGUACUGGACUUUAAGGAAGCAGGUCAGGAGAUCUCUUGGAAGCUGUCAUUUUGUUAUAAGAUGAAUCUCUUUAAUAAUUGCCUCCCCAAACUGUCUAGUUCCUGGACACAAUCGCCAUAUGUGCAAGUAUGUUCCCUUGUCCCUACCACAGUGCAUCCCUAACAGUAAAAAUAUGAUUGAUCUUGAGUCAAAUGCCAUCUAUACAGUAAUUUAUUAAAAUCUUUGUGAGCUACACAAAUUGAAGAUGUAUAUGUAUAUCCCCUCUCCCACUCAAUCAAUAUCAAUAUCUUUGCCCAUAUCCCUCUCCCAUCUUUUUAUCUGGGUUUUCCUAUCAACAUCUUUUUCAAUCAAAAUUGUAUAUAUCUUAGAAAUUAAAACUUUUGUUCCAGAUUCAUCCUGGAUUAACUCCUCAAAUGUGGUCAAAGGUCUAGAUAGAGACAUCUUUUAUCCCGAUUUCACAAUAGAAUGUUUGAUUUGUAAAUAUUGAAAAUAUGGGAUCUUAAUUAUUAUUAGCUAUCUCUUGAUAUGAUUUCAAAUCGGGACCCAGGAACAGCUGUCCAAACUAAGUAAUCUCAGCUCUUACCCACAAUGCGUAGUCACUUUGAUAUUUCCUAGUGAUAAAUUCGUGACUAGUAAUAAAAGUAGCUACAGGAGAGGGCCUCAGGUAAAGGAAUUCUUUAAAAAGUUGCCCAAAGCUGCUAAAGUGGCCUGGAUGAAUGGGUGAUUUUUUAUUUUUGGUGACCUACAUUUCUUUGUAACCUAACAGUUACUAUCAAUAGCUAUAUUUGGGCUCUUGUCUUGUUCAAGUUUUACCCAGCAUUUGGAUGGUCUAUUGUUAAUGCGAUCGAUCAUGUCUUUCAAUUGUGAUGCAUAAUAAUAACAAGCCAAAUUAGGGAAAGCUAGUCCACCCAAUUGUGUAGGUUUAUUCAGUACUUUAGAACUCUCCCUUUGUCUUGUAUGUUUCCAUAUGAAUUUUAAUAGUGCAUCCUGCCAUGUUUUUAAAGCAUGUCAUGGGUACCAACUGGGAUGUACUGAAACAAAAAUAACAACUUUGAGAGGACAUUCAUCUUUUACGAGGCUACCCUACCUAGCCAAGAAAUUUAAUAUUUGUUCAAUUUCUCCAACUCUUAUGUUGUUGUUUUUUCCCACAGUGGAGGGUUGUUUGCCUUAAAAAAAGAUUUUACAAUAUUUAUUCCUAAAUAUUUUUAAAAUGUCAUUACCCAUUUAAAUUUAUGUCGCUGACAGCAGUUUGUUUUGUCCCUUUCAGGAAUAUUAAUUCCUAAAAUUUCAGAUUUAUCAUAGUGUAUUUUGAAGCCUGAUACCUGCCCAAAUUCCAAAGUCAAUUCUCUUCUAUCAUUUUUCAUGAUGCUUCUGGAUCCUGCAAAUAUAACAAGAUAUUAUCAGAAUACAAAGCUAUUUUUGUGUUCUAAUCCAAAAGAUAUUUUGAUGCUCUUUGCCAAGAGGCUUUUUCUUAUAUGUAUGGCAAAUGGCUCCAUUGCCAGAGUAAACAGGGUGAAUAAGGGACAAUUCUGUCCCUUACUCCUAGACAGAUUAAAAGUUGCAUAUUGAUGACCAAACAUUUCCAAAACCAACCCUUACCAAAAUAUGUCUGAUGUAUUCCCCUCCAGCCAGUUGAAUGCUUUCUCACUAACCAAACAAAGUAGCACACAGGAAAAAUUGCUAGAAUUAAUGUUAUAAAUAAAGGCUAGAUUUACAUUAGACCUAAUUUCUGAUGCACCGAUUUUGGUUCAUUGAUUUCUGGUCUCACACUGCUGUUGUUUGCUGGGCAUGAUUUUAACACAGUCCUUGAGUUAUAUCAAUAGCCUUUUUUGUUUGGACUAAUUCAGUCUUCCUGUCUUCCUGUCUCUCUUUUGCAUCUUUGUUAUACUGUGGCAUUUUUUGAACUUUCACUCAUUUUUGACGGUUAAGCUCACAAUUAGGGUAAAUUAUCACAACAGGGGAUGACAUGUGCCAGCACAUUGCACAGGAAUAAACUUUUGCAUUGGGCGGUGGCAUGUCCCAGCUACUUCAGAACCAUCCAAGAGUCACAUUAACAAGACUUGUGACUACAUACACAUAUUCAAAUAUCAAUAACGGUUGUGAAAAAUGAGUCACACAGACUGUGAAAUAAGCCCUUCCCUGUGAAAUCCGAUAUCUCCCUGCUGCUUGGAGGACUCCAAUCAGGGGAUCCUAGCUCCAGCUGGGCUGGGGCGGGACAGGAGCUAGGACCCUGUUCAUCCCCUGCACAGCCGCUCUCUGGGGGGAGCUCAUACUCACCUCCACCUCCGGGAACCUCCUGCGACUGCAGGAAGUGCCACGGUUUCUGCCUUUGGAGUUCAGCUGAGGGUGGCAGUCCUGUGAACCCCCUACAACAGGAUUUCUUCUUCCCAAACCUGACAUGAUUUCCAAGGUGGAACAAGGGGAAAUGCUGUGGAUCCCAGAUCUCCAGGGCUCCAAGGAGAGGGAGAUCUUGAGAGCAGGUGAUGGGAUGAUGAGAAAGUAUGAGGAGGAGAAUCCCCAGCAGGAAGGACCUGAGCAAGUGGAACAACACUGGACAUUACUGGGAAGAUCUCAAGGGAAUGUGUCCUCAAGUCCUGAGCAGGAUGCAGCUUGUGAGAAUGAGCACAGGCCAGAGAACCAUCAGGAUAAACUCCCAGUGCAGGAAGUAGGUAAAUCUGUUGAUUAUGGGGGAGGUUGCAAGGACCUUGAGAGAACAACAGUCCAGCAGAGAAUCUCCAUGGGAGAGAGAAAAACCACAUGCACCAAGUGCGGGACAAACUUCAAACAGAGAUCAGACCUAAUUAGACAUGAGAGAAUCCACACAGGAGAGAAACUCUAUAACUGUCCCAACUGUGGGAAAAGCUUCAACAAUAGCUCAGCCCUUACUUUACAUCAGAAAACCCAUACAGGAGAGAGACCGUAUAAGUGCCUCAACUGUGGGAAAAACUUCACUCGCAGCUCACGCCUCACUGAACAUCAGAGAUUCCACACAGGAGAGAAAUCCUAUAAAUGCCUCGACUGCGGGAAAAGUUUCAGUGUGAACUCAGCCCUCAUUAGACAUUGGAGAGUGCACACAGGAGAGAAGCCUUAUAAAUGCCCUGACUGUGAUAAAAGGUUCAAUGUGAGUUCGUCCCUUAAAACAUAUCGGAGAAUCCAUACGGGCGAGAGACCCUAUAGAUGCCCCGACUGUGGGAAAAGCUUCAAAGAGAGAUCAAGCCUUAUUAACCAUGAGAGAAUCCACACAGGAGAGAGACCCUUUAAAUGCCUCGACUGUGGGAAAAACUUCAACCAGAUCUCAGCCCUUCUUCUACAUCACAGACUUCACACAGAAGAGAGACCCUAUAAAUGCCCCAAUUGUGGGAAAAACUUCCGUGUGAGCUCAGCCCUCAUUAGACAUCAGAGAAUUCACACAGGCGAGAAACCAUAUAAAUGCCUUGAAUGUGGGAAAAGCUUCAAUGUGAUUUCAUCCCUUUGUACACAUCGGAACAUUCACAUGGGAGAGAAACCAUAUAAAUGCCCUGACUGUGGGAAAAGUUUCAGUAUUAGUUCAUCCCUUAUCACACAUCAAAGAAUCCAUACAGAAGAGAGACCCUAUAAAUGCUCCAGCUGUAGGAAAAGCUUUAAUAUUAGCUCAUCCCUGAUUAAACAUCAGAGAAUGCACACAGAAGAGAGACCCUAUAAAUGCACCAACUGUGGGGAAAGUUUCAUGCAGAGCUCAUACCUUAUUAAACAUCAGAGAAUCCACAUAGCAUAGACUCCUAUAAAUGCCCCAGUCAGUAGCCAUAGUAAAAAUAAACCAUUUCCUGAUUUCCCUCCGACAUCAGUGACAUUUGGUUCCCAAAUAUGUGGCUGCCCCUCUCAGGGGUGAGGAUACAGCAGCAGACAAACCUGAACUGAUGAGUGACUCUGGUUCUGUCUGUCUAGAACACUCUAGGCAGAGCAGAAUACCUGAUCCCCUUUGCCUCAUUGCUGCAGGCCCGGCUGCUGAGGUGAUGUGCCUCUCCGCCUUCUACCUGAUGGUCAAAGGAAGAGAAAAGAACUCUUCUGAAAAUUCCCUCUCCCCUUCCCUGCCCUUUCAUGGAGAUUAGCAGAAGAAAACUUGGGCCCCAUAUUCACUCUAGAGACCUGUAUCCAUCUCUCUUCUUCCACCAGCCCAUGAGCUGGGCUCUCACACUUAACUGGAAUUGUUCCCUGCAGUGGGUGUCCCUGAGGGCUGGUAACUCCUUCUCUCCCCAAAUCCCCCAGGGUGCUUCGUUCUCAGGGGAUCAGAUAUUAACAGACCAGGAGGGAUGGGUGUUGGGCAGGUAAUGGAGAAAGUUAAUGUUUGGAGCUGAUGGAGAUGGGAACCAGAAGCAGUCAGAUGCAGAGUGUUGAGGUUUCCAGUGUGUGGGGAUCAUGGAAUAACAAGGGUGGAAAGGGAUGGGAUUAGGAAGGUACUUCUCCUAUAUUUCAGCCCCUCUGCCCCUUUCCCUGUCCUCUCAGUAUUAAGAAAGCAUCACUGAAGGGACACAAGAACUAAGGGUCACAAAAUGAAAUUAAUGGGCAGUAAGUUUAAAACAAACAAAAGGAAGUAUUUGUUCAC